AUGCCUGAAGACCAUCUAGACCAUCCAACGGUUGCAGCUACAGACUCUCAAGAUUCAGGUUCUGCAACAACUGCAGCUCUUGUUUCUUCUCCGUCAACAACAGCAGUUUCAACCGCAACAACUACUGCUGAUUCUUCAAUUAUUAUGGAUUCAUCUUCUAAACAAAAUUUCUCACAAUCAUCGCCAUUAACUUCACCAGUAGCAGCCACUUCUGGUAUUGCUGUUUCUGCUUCAUCAGCCUUAUCAGAUUCUAGCAAUAAUAGUACUAGUUACAACAAUAAUACUAAUAAUAUCAAUUCCAAUUCUAAUAAUAUUAAUACCUCUAAUAAUAAUAAUAAUAAUAAUAAUAAUCUUAAUACCACAUCACCAGAACAUGCUCAAGACCUUGCAGACCGUCUUUCUCAAGUAGCUCUCGGCCAAUCUCGUCUUCUUCCUCCAGAAACCAAUUCUUAUGAGCAUUUUUCGCUUCCUACCACUCGAGUCCCGUCUAAUGAAACCGAGGGUCCCGGGUCAACCACCUCAUCAAGACAUGCUUCGGUCGCAGAACCUUCUUUAGAUAACAACUCUCCAACUACAACAGCAACAACCAAUAAUAUUCAUCAACAACAACAACAACAACAACAAUUCACUUCUUCUCCCAUAUCUUCAGCCUCUCCUCAACAGGCCCCACAUGAAUUCCCUCAUCCUUCAACAAUCGCUCCGACACAGCUUUCGGAACGUCCUGUUCUUGCUUCAAGACCCUCGGCUGCUUUCUUAAAUGCCGCUGCUGACCCCUAUUCAUCCUCCUCUCCAUCCUCAAGUGAACCCUCUUCUCCAAGAACUGGCUCAAGACCAGGCUCUCCUGAUCCCAUUGCUUCAACUGCAGGUACUAAUAAUACCACACCAACAACAACUUCAUCUGUUCGCAAACAAAACCGCUCUCCUAUCCAUUCAAGAGAUGUUUCACCAGCUGGAAGACUUGUUCCUCCACCUACCAAUUCCUCCAUUAAAACUACUACGUCAACUACUGCCCCCUUGGAAAAGCACAAGUCUUCUCGUUUUAAACUUUCUUCAAAACUUAAAAAGGCUGCCCAUUGGGACCUUCACUCUUCAUCUUCCCAUUCAACACCAGCACCUACUAAUACCCAACAAUCUUCCCGUGGUCCUUCAGAUCAUCAUUUUCCUCAUCCUAAUCCUCCUCCUGCUCCUCACUUGCACCACCACCAUGACUCUGACGAUAACCUUGCAUCCAAACAUAGAUCUCAUGGCUCUAUGAUGGAACUUAAACGUUUCUUCAAGUCUAGUUCUAAAAAAUCAGAAGAAAAGAAACGUCCCACUUCUUAUCUUUCUAGCCGCAUUUCCUCCCACUCAACUCCAGCUGUCCCCAUUGACCCAGCUCAAGCCGAAGCAAACCAUCGUGCGGAAAUUGCCGCCGCUUCUAGCGCCUUUUUAUCCAAAUCUGGCUCUUCCGCAUCUCUUAAAGAUAUGCCCUUUGCCGAAGAUGGGUUCAAAAAAUACGGCAAAAUUGGCCGCGUUUUGGGCUCCGGUGCCGGUGGUUCUGUCCGUCUUAUGAAGCGUAACUCCGAUGGUACCACUUUUGCCAUUAAAGAGUUUAGACCUCGCCAUCCCAAUGAGUCUCAAAAGGAUUAUGCCAAAAAAGUUACUGCCGAAUUUUGUAUUGGUUCUACUCUUCACCACCCCAACAUUAUCGAAACCCUCGACAUUAUUCAAGACGAGGGCAAAUACUUUGAGGUCAUGGAGUACUGUCCCUUUGAUUUCUUUGCCAUUGUCAUGUCGGGUAAAAUGUCGCGCGGCGAAAUUGGCUGUACUUUUAAGCAGAUUCUUAAUGGUGUUACCUAUCUCCAUUCAAUGGGUCUUGCCCACCGUGACUUGAAGCUCGACAAUUGUGUUGUCACCACUGAGGGCAUUGUCAAGAUUAUUGAUUUUGGUUCUGCUUCUGUCUUCAAGUACCCCUUUGAAAAUGAAGUUGUUCGCGCCCGUGGCGUUGUUGGAUCUGAUCCUUACCUUGCUCCAGAAGUUCUUACUCAACCCACCUAUGACCCCCAGCCUACAGACAUUUGGUCACUUGCUGUUAUUUUCUGCUGCAUGACUCUCCGCAGAUUCCCCUGGAAGGUCCCUCGCAUGGCGGACAAUUCCUUCAAGUUGUUUGCGACCAAGCCUACCAAGGAAGAAGAAGAGUCGUACUUCCAGAUGGGCCAAGAAAAGGAAAAGGAAAAGGAGCAGCAGCAGCAGCCAGCCAAGGAUGCACCCAAGAUUGUCAUUAAGGGUCCUUGGAGACUUCUGCGGCUACUCCCCCAUGAAAGUCGCCAUAUCAUUGGCCGUAUGCUGGAAAUUGAUCCUACCAAACGUGCCACUUUGACUGAAAUUUGGGCUGACGAAUGGAUUAAGAAACUCCACAUGUGUACUCUUGAUAAGACUGGAAAGUUUAUCAAGUCUGGUACUCAUGAACAUACAUUUGUUGCUGAAGAAGAAGCUCAUCUUGAGUCUUAUAAGAAAUAA